UUGUUCGCGCGGAGAUACGACCCUUCGAAGUUCGAACUCGAACGCGGCUCAUUCAGUCGGUGUUUACCGUCACUGCAUGGAUCGUGCGCGCUUUUACAUGCUGAUGCUCGCACCGAUGUGACAGCGUCAGUGUAAAGUACUUUUGUGUUAUUAAUGUAACUGAAGAAUCAAUCAAUCGUUACGCCGAUGUCGCGCGACGCAAAAUGCAGAACUGAUAAUAAUAUUCAAUUGUUAAAUCAUCUUGUUUUGCAAGAUAUGUUAAUAUAAAAGCAUUCUCUUCACUGCGCCGCGGAGCAAGGCGAUAAUUCCGGUGAAAGCAUUCGAGAUCAUUUCGAUCUCCCGCGGACUUUCGCGCUAUUAGGAACGCUAAUAAAAAGUGCGGCUCAAUCGAGCGAGCGCGCGCUGCUUCAACGAAUUUCAACGAGCGAGAGACUCGCGAGUGAUCGUUUCGCGAUUACGGAUGAUUUGCUCUGUCGAUCGUCGAUGGCGAAACGCGGGCAGAGAACGAUUCGUUUAUUUGUGCGGGUAGAAUAGUGACUCUGUGAACAUAAUGUGGACGCGCGGACUGCGUCCCGCUUUGAACCGUGCUCGAGAUUGAUGAAAGAAUCGUCGAUUGUACAAUUGUUUUUUAUACAUUGUUCGCAUUAAUCUUUGAGAGACCAUAAUCUUCUAAAUCCUUCUCUCAACGUCCUGACGAUGUGUUGUCCGACCCAACUGUGACAUAACAUUGCUUCUGACGCUCAAAAAAUGAUGCUCGGUAGCAUAAUUUAUUCGUCGAUAUUCUUCCUUGUCGCGUGUAUCUCGUGCAUCGUCGGCGAGCAACGGUUUCUAGAAACGCCGCCACUUUACCAGGAGGUGUCGUCUGGUGACGAUGUACAGCUGCGAUGCAGGGUGCAGGACAAGCGCGGGGAGUGCAUCUGGCAAAAGGACCGGAAACCGGUGGGCAUGCAUCCGGACAAAUACGAGUGGGUGAGAGGCCGCGGCAGCGACUGCACCCUGCUGAUCAGGCGGGCCUCCCUGGACUUUGAUGACGGUCUCUGGGAGUGUCAAGUUACACCCGGCGACUUUACCCGUCAAGACGCGCUGACGUCCUUGCAUUCCAGAUUGCUCGUAAGGGUGAAACCCAGGAAACCUCGCCUGGAAUACGGCGACCAUGGGACCAUUUUGGGUACCGCCCUCACACUGAAAGAGGGACAGGAAGUCACGAUUUCCUGCGUUUCGAGAUACGGAAAUCCCCCCGCCCUCAUUAAGUGGUUCAUAGGAAACAACGAAGUAGAACCAUUGCGGGAGCAAAGCAAUGCAACGGAGGUGGACAGUCCAAAGACUUGGGCGGCUCAUAGUCUUCUACGGGUGCGUGGUCACAGGGAGAAUCACGGUCUACCGAUCCGAUGUGUGACCGUGCAUCCGUCGAGCUUAACACCGGCGAGUACGGAGUCACGACUAGACAUUCAUUAUGCCCCGGAAGUGCGACUCGAGACAAAUCCGCAGGCACUUACGGCCGCCCCGGAGGAUUCGAUAAGCUUUUUGAGCCUGAGAUGUCUGGCGGACGCUAACCCAACUGCAAGCAUCAAAUGGUUCAAAGACUCGGCGCCACUCGGUGCGUCAUCGUCCGACGUCGCGGCGCCGGCACUCCUGAUGCAAAACAGGACGAUGCAGCUGAACGAUACCGUGUGGGCCGCCGAGUUACGUUUCGAGCCGAUCAAGAGGCAGGAUGCCGGCCUCUAUUCGUGCAAGGCGGCCAACGACGUCGGUGAAAGCGCUCCCGCGAGUUAUAGGCUGGACGUGCAAUAUGAACCAAAGUUAAAGAAAACGGAUGUGAAUGAUACGUUUGCGGACGUGGAGGAAACAGCGUUGCUGGGUAGCGCGGUCGAACCCUUCGAGUGUCCCGAGUUCGAAGCCAAUCCAUCUGCUCAAUACAGAUGGGUACAUCUUCGCGGCAGCUCGACGGAGACCAUCGAGAACCACGUGCAGAACAAGGGCGGCGGCCGACGUCUGCGUCUUGAGAAUAUCAUGUGGUCCGACGAGGGAGAGUAUCGUUGCAUCGCCUUCAACACGAUCAACGGCGUGAAACGGGAGACUGCCAGCGACGUACACUACGUGUUGCAUGUGACCGGACCGCCGGAAAUACAAGCUAGACCGUCAUCCGGCGAUAGAAAUUUUUAUGAGUCCAUCGGAUGGGCGGGCGAACCCGUGCACAGGCUGAAAUCCAGGUUCUGCUCGCGGCCACCACCGAAACUGGUUGCUUGGCAAUGGGGCAGCUCUCACAUCCGAGCUGGAGAGAAUAUUCAUCCAAAGUACGAGGCCUUACCGUUGGAGCCCAUCGUCGAGAACAAGAUGCUGACUAACUGUUACUGGGCUAAACUGGAAAUUAAAGACCUGCAGAAGGAGGAUGCCCGGAUGUACACCUUGUUGGUGGAAAGCGAGAAAGGCCGCGAUUCGACAAACAUCAGGCUGAUGGUGAGAGAUCCCACAGAGAUGCGCGUAAUAGCCGCAGCUGCGGCGGUCGGCCUGCUGUUCCUGCUGCUGCUAAUCUCCAUCGGCGUUUAUGCGCUGCUGAGAUUGCGACGUCGGCGGUACCGUCAAGAAGUAGGAGAGGAAGGCAGCAUCGCGGCCGACGCGCUCUACGGAAACGGCGCGUCGAUAGAUCGGCAAAAGUCCAUUAAUUCGUCCCACGUGAAAACCUUCGCGAGGAAGUCCAGCCUGGACAGCGGCCAGGGCGUGUACGACUACAGCCAGAUCGCGAAGCAGACGCGUGCCAUGAGCCCGGAAGCGCUGAAGGUCAGAAGAGCGCCGGCGGUUUUGCAACCGCCUACGAUCGUGUAAAAUAUAGGCCUCAAACUCUUUCAUCGAUAUCGGCAAUGCAUUCUUCUCAUCGUCGGAUCUUACCUCCUUCACCAGCGGAUCCUACAUUGUACUCAUGCCUCUCUCCAUCUCAACUCGACGCGCCUCCCACAAAAGAGGGAUAUUUUUACAAUUUUAAUGUAUAGAUUAUGUAUAAAAUCGGAGAUAUUGCUUUAACGAUGCGACGAUUACUUCAAUGGUACAAAAUAUAUAUUUGUAUCGAAUUAAGUUAAGUUAGUUUCUGACGUUAGCUAGAAUUAAGAAUUCGUACAUAGUAUAUUCGAGAGACUGUCGACUGUUAUCGCGUACUUUCGUACCGUUGAAUUAUUAAUGCUCCCUAAAUUUAAGUUAUUUAUUAUUGCGUUGUCCGUUGUAUUUUGACAAUAAUAGACAAGGCUGCAAUUUAGCUGUUCGAAAUAAAGGUAUGCCGAGAUAAAUAUUGUAUGAGCUCGCGUACCGGUGCAAAGUAUAGUCCGCACCGCCGGUGCGGAACGAAGCGUGACUUUAAUAGCGGUCGCAUCUCAGUGACUUUAAUGGUGGUUGCGACGAGGCGGGAUCAGUGCAAAACUGGACCUCACAGAAACUGUUAUGUACAGUUUCAUAUUUUGAUAUUUAGAUUGGGUACAUCGCAAUAUAAGAGUUUUUACGUUUCUCAAUAUCAUUUCUACACUCGAAAUGAUGUAAAACUAGUUUCCAGGAAUUUUAUGAAUUUUAAUGAGGGAUAUAUAAAGCGCGAAUAAUGCACGAUGUAUCGAUUUUCGCAAAAUAUAUGUACGCUACGGACUGCGAGUGAACUUAAGUGAGACUUUUAGAUAGCAUAAGAGCGUAAUUUGCUGUUAAUAAUAAAA